AUGGCUAUCAAGGGUCGCUCACACUCUGAGAACAGGUUCUAUACAAAUUCCAAGGACAAGAACAAACAUCCUCCCACGAAGGUGGUGAUCCGUCGGCUGCCCCCCGACAUGACGCUGGAGACGUUCCGGGACCAGGUGGCUCCCCUCCCCGAGCACGACCACAUCCGGUUUGUCCCAGCCGACCCCGGUCUGGCGCAGCAUGCCUUCUCGCGAGCCUACAUCAACUUCCUCCACAUGGACGACAUCGUCACGUUUCGGGACCGGUUCGAUGGCUACGUCUUCGUCGAUAAGCAAGGGUUCGAGUUUCCGGCGCUGGUAGAGUUCGCCCUGUACCAGCGGACGCCACGGCGGCGCGCGCGGAAGCCGGACGCCAAGAGCGGCACCAUCGCCGACGACGCCGGCUACCAGGCGUUCCUGCAGGAGUGCGAGCAGCCGCCAGAGGCCAGCCCAACCACCUGGGAGGAGACGCUUGAACAGAUCGAGAAACGCCACAGCGAGCUCAAGGAAAACCAAGUGAUUACACCCCUUGUUACAUUCGUCUGUCGGAGAAGAGCCGAAAGGAAGGAGGAAAGGCGGCGGAAAGAGAUCGAGAGGAGGAAAGAAGAAACCCGGAAGGCCAAGGAAAAGCUGAGCAAAGAAAAGCGAGAAGCAAGAGAAAAGGGCCGACACGACACCAAAGAGUCCUCUAAGCUCCGAGGCGUCGGCGGCGGCCGGUAA